CAGAGAUCAAACCACUUUGUCCCAAUGCGACCACGGCGAUAGCUUGGUAUGAUACGUGUAUGAUACGGUAUUCAAAUGAAUCUAUCUUCUCAAUUUUGCAACAAGAUCCAGUCAUUUAUCCUUAUGGUCCAAAAAAUAUCACCAAUUUGAAACAAUAUAAUAAGAUUGUUGGAGAUUUGAUGCAUGGGCUUGUGAAACAAGCAGUUUCUGGUUCUACUACUCCCAAGUACUAUGCAGCAGGUGAUGUGAUUUACUAUACAAGCUUUGACACUGUGUAUGGCUUAGUGCAAUGCACCCCUGAUAUAACUUCGGAUGAGUGCAAUUCUUGCUUAACUGGUAGUAUUAAUAUUGAUAUUCCAAACAAACUCUAUCCAAGACAAGGUGGGAGAGUUCUUAAACCAAGUUGUAAUCUAAGGUACGAGUUCAACAGUGCUUUCUACCAAACAACUCUUGCAGCGCUUCCUCCAACCACCAACUCAACAGUCACAGGCGAGGAUGAGAUACAGGGAACUUUUUUAGAAGGUCAAUCGAUGGAGGCAAUCACACCUCAAUCAAGGCGACCUUCUCCUUUGGGUGUUGAGGUGGGAUUGCCUUCCCAAAACAAUACUCUUUCCAACUUAGAGUCCAACUCAAACUUGGAAGUAAUCUUGGAGAUGGAUUGGAUGGAAGUGGAUAGGGUUGUAUCCUCUAUUGACCAAAUUGGGUCUGAUCCAUUUGAAUUGGCCCACGGUUUUGAGGUGGAACCAUCUCAUAGGCGCAUUGUCGAUUCUGCCCUUGCUGCGGAUGCUGCCAUGGCCCCACCUCAGCAGGGCACGACGCUUGCUAUAGAUGGUGUAGACAAGGUGGAUAGGCAGGUCCUUUUUUGGAACAUCCGUGGGAUGAAGAAGACCUCUUCUAGGGACUCCUUAAGGAGGUUUGUUAGUGAACACAUGCCUGAUAAUAUCUGUAUCGUGGAACCGAUGAUGGACUCUUCGAAAUUCCCAAAGCUAUUUUUCAAUAAACUGGGGUUUGAGUAUGACUUCAUUCACAAUGUGCGAGUCAACAAGGAACCCAGCCUGUGGGGUGGUACUGUUGCCAUCUCGGUUAUGCAUGCUAAAUGCCUCAAGGCAGAUCGCAGGAGUCUAUGGCUAGAUCUGGUGUCUGGCCCUUUGUCUGGCCAUGAGCGACGUGUUCUGGGUAGGUUCUGUAAGGGAGCUGCAAUGGAAUUUGGUGCUAUGGUGGAUUCCACUUCCAUGAUCCAAGUUCCCACUUUUGGGAGAAAAUUCACUUGGAGUAACAACAGGAAAAGGGGUUAUGUCGCUGCAGUGUUUGAUAUGUCUUUCAUCAAUUCUGAUUGGCUGAGCAUCUUCACUGAUUGUAUCCAACAGGUUAUGCUCAGAGCUGCAUCGGAUCAUGCCCCAAUUUUGUUGGACCAUGCGGAGUUUACCUCGAUGGUAGAGAACGCUUGGAAUAUGGAGACCAUCAGUUCUUCCCCUAUCCAUACCCUGGCUCUGAAGCUCAAGAAGUUGAAACCCGUCAUUCUGACAUGGUCGCGAUCUGCCUUCCCCAACCUGGAUUUGGAGGUUAAGACCUCCAAAGAUGAUCUUGAGGGCAUUCAGCGCAGAAUUGAAGAAGAAGCGAUGUUUGAUCUACUUUUUGAUUUAGAGGCUGAUGUAAAAAAUCGAUACUCAAAGGCCUUGGAGAUCCAUGAGAAAAUGUGGACAGAGAAGUCUAGAGUUAGAUGGUUGAAGGAAGGAGACAGGAACUCUAGCUUCUUUCAUAUGGUUUCACUGGGGCCUUCUUCAGGAAGUUCUAGUCUACUAUCCAAAAAGAUGUUUGUAGGGCGGUCAAGUGUUUCUUCUCUUCAGAUUUACAAAUUAUGUUUAGAUGAAGAUGAUCAAAAUGAGUCCUUACAAGUCAACUUUGAUACAAUAAAAGCUGCCACAAAUGACUUCUCAGAUGAAAAUAAAAUUGGAGAAGGAGGAUUUGGAGCUGUUUACAAGGGUAUGCUUUUGGAUGGACAAAUGAUAGCUGUGAAGAGGCUCUCCAAAAAUUCUGGACAGGGUGAAAUAGAAUUUAAGAAUGAGGUUCAACUAGUGGCCAAGUUGCAGCACAGGAAUCUUGUUAGGAUCCUUGGCUUUUGCUUAAAAGGAGAGGAAAAACUGCUCAUCUAUGAAUUUGUGCCAAAUAAUAGUCUUAACCACUUUAUUUUUGAUCCAAUCAAACGCUCACAGUUAGAUUGGACACAACGUUACAAAAUCAUUGAGGGGAUUGCUCGAGGUCUUCUUUAUCUUCAUGAAGAUUCUCGAUUGAAGAUUAUUCACAGAGAUCUAAAAGCCAGCAAUGUUUUGUUAGAUGGGGAGAUGAAUGCAAAAAUCGCAGAUUUUGGCAUGGCAAGGCUCUUUGUAGCUGACCAAACUCAAUCCAAUACUAAUAGGAUUGUUGGAACAUAUGGAUAUAUGGCGCCAGAGUACAUAAUGCAAGGACAAGUCUCGGUUAAGACAGACGUGUUUAGUUUUGGAAUCUUACUUCUCGAGAUCGUGAGUGGUCAAAGAAACAACAAUGUCGAUCAAUCAUGGAGCACCGAGUGCGGCCUUCUCGACUAUGCAUGGAGAAAAUGGACGGAGGGUGCAGCUUCGUCAUUGAUAGAUCCUAAUUUGGGAGAAAAUUAUGAUAGGUCUGAAGUGAAUAGGUGCAUUCAUAUUGGACUAUUAUGUGCUCAAGCAAAUGCAUCAAACAGACCCACCAUGGCCACUGUUGUUCAAAAGCUCAAUAGUUACUCUGAAUCUCUCCCAUUGCCUUCAGCAGCAGCCUUUGUAAUGGGUAGCGAAAUCCAGUUUGGUGAAUUUUCCACAGAUGGUUCAAGAGUAACAAAAUCAGAUCAGUCGGAAACAAAGUCCAUAAAUGAAAUGUCAAUUACUGACUUUUCUGGUCGAUAGUGUUGGUGAAGGAAGAACUUACUACAAGUUGGAUGCUUGAUUUACAAGACCUUGAGUUACUAGUCUGUGAAGGGGAAGCUAAUGGAAAUUAAGUGCAAUUCAUACUACUCCAAGGAACAUCUUCUUGUUAUUUUAUUUUUUAUUAUUUAUUUAUUUAUUU